ACUUUGUCUGUGGUACUAGAUAUGUUUUGUACAAGAAAAAUAUGUUAUCGGAAACGUCAUAGAUGUCACGAUGUGAUAAUUUUUCCACGAUUUCCAUCUGUCCAUUAAAAAUGUUUUCACGUAGUAUGCGCAGCUAUGCACGUACCUAAGUGUACCUAACCACGGAAGACGCGGUAGAAUAAUGUCGGAUGUAAAGUAGUCGAACGCGUUCAGCGUGGAAUUUCGUAAAUUAUAUUAUCAUGGAAGAUAUUAAUGAUAAGUUUUUCUACGUGUACAGUUCAUCUUUAGAUACGAAGAUACAAAUUAAAAUAGGAACAUUAGAAGGCAAAAGGCAAAGACCAGAGUAUGAUAAGUUACUUAUAGACCCCUUAUUAAAAUAUUCUGGUCUAUAUGGUGUUAAUGGCGGACGCGGAGAUUUAUCUGCCUCUCUACAGGUGUGGGCUAGUGGCAGACCUCUCGCUUUACCUGUCCACACAGCUUACAAACAUUUUACUUCACGUUGGAACUGGAAUCAAUGGGUGACGCUACCCAUUUCAUAUUCUGAUUUACCAAGGGAUGCUCAGUUAUGUAUAAGCCUUUAUGAUUGUGCCGGACCUGGAAGGCAACUCCCAGUGGGAGGUACCACAAUAUCUUUAUUUGGGAAACAUGGCGUAUUUCGACAGGGAAUGCUAGACCUCAGAGUGUGGCCAGGAGUAGAAGCAGAUGGUAGUAUGCUGUCUAGUACUCCAGGAAAAACUAGGGAUCAUGGGAAAGAACAAAUGCAGCGAUUAGCAAAACUUGUGAAGAAACAUAGAUAUGGGCAAAUGAAUAAAGUUGAUUGGCUGGAUAGAUUAACAUUCAGGGAAAUUGAACUGAUUAAUGAAAGAGAGAAGAGAGCAUCUGAGUAUUUGUACUUAAUGAUUGAGUUGCCAGAAGCUACCAUGGAUGGUAUACCGUACUCCAUAGUAUAUUACGAGAAGGAUGGAGAUGAAGUUGUACAACACAGAUCACAACCAGAUGUGGUAACCCUUCCUGAUUAUGAGAUUUUACAAGAAAAUCUUGUGGAAGCGAAACAUCAUAAAUUGGCUCGUAGUUUACGUAGUGGAGGACAUACGAGAGAAUUAAAACCAACUUCGAGUGUACGAGAUGCUUUAAAUAUAAUAUUAAGUUAUCCCCCGACAACAGCACUGUCUACCGAGGAACAGGAUUUAAUUUGGAAAUACAGGUUUUAUUUAUCCAGUCAAAAUAAAGCUUUAACGAAAUUUGUUAAAUGCGUGAAUUGGAAAGUUGUUGGGGAAGAACGACAGGCAUUAGAAAUGUUGGCACUGUGGGCUCCGCCGGACCCAGAAGAUGCGUUAGAAUUGCUUGGACCAGCAUUUACUCAUCCAGCUGUUAGAAGAUAUGCCAUAGCCCGAUUAAAUCAAGCCCCAGACGAUGACUUGAUGUUAUACUUGUUACAGUUGGUACAAGCUUUAAAGUAUGAAGAUUUUGAAAGUAUUAAAAGAGCACAUCAAAUUUUAAUGAAAGAAAAAGAAUCCGAAAAAGUUGAGAAAAUAGAUAGAGAUACUCAGAUUCAUGAUUCUUCUUCAACACCUAUAAUAAAUUUCAAUGAAUCGGAGAGUGGGAAAUUCUCAAUAAAUCAAGAUUCCCUUAUGGAUUUAGCAUCUUUUCUGAUCACUCGUGCAUGUCAGAAUACCACAUUGGCAAAUUAUUUUUACUGGUAUCUUUCAAUCGAGUGCGAAGAUCAAAAUGACCCAGCCAUAAGUGUGAAACAAGACACACGCGUUAAAGAAAUGUACAUUACCGUAAUGGCAAUGUUUUCAACAAUGCUAGCUCAAGGUAAUGCUAUUUGGCAAAAAAGAAGAGCAUUUCUCUCACGCCAAAAAAUAUUCAUCGACCAGUUAGUAGCACUUGUGAAAGCAGUUGCAAGGGAAAGCGGUAACCGAAAAAAGAAAACUGACAGACUCAGAGCUUUACUGGCAGAUCCUGAUCCAACUUUUAAAAUAAACUUUUCGAAUUUUGAACCAAUACCUUUCCCCUUGGAUCCAGAAAUUUGUAUUAAAGGCAUCAUUCCGGAAAGAGCGAGUCUUUUUAAGUCAGCACUUAUGCCUUCAAAAUUAACAUUUUUGACAACGGACAAUAGCGAAUAUAUUGCGAUUUUUAAACAUGGCGAUGAUCUGCGACAAGAUCAAUUAAUCUUACAAACAAUAGCACUUAUGGAUAAAUUAUUAAGAAGAGAAAAUCUAGAUUUAAAACUUACACCGUACAGAGUACUUGCAACAAGUACUAGACAUGGGUUUUUACAAUUUAUUGAAUCUACGACGGUUGCAGAAGUUUUAGCUAGCGAGGGUUCUAUAUUAAGCUUUUUUCGUAAACAUCAUCCUUCCGAAACUGGGCCCUACGGUGUUGUACCUGAAGUUAUGGAUACUUAUGUGCGAAGUUGCGCUGGUUACUGUAUUAUUACAUACGUGCUCGGUGUUGGUGACCGGCAUUUAGAUAAUUUGCUUUUGACAACUUCAGGAAAACUCUUUCAUAUAGAUUUUGGUUACAUUUUGGGUAGAGAUCCAAAACCUUUACCACCACCGAUGAAAUUAAGCAAAGAAAUGGUCGAAGCAAUGGGAGGUGUAGGAUCGGAACAUUAUCACGAGUUCCGAAAACAGUGUUACACUGCGUUUUUGCAUUUGCGCAGGCACGCGAAUUUAAUAUUAAAUCUAUUUUCGUUAAUGGUUGACGCCAGUGUACCAGACAUAGCGUUAGAGCCAGAUAAAGCUGUGAAAAAAGUUCAAGAUAAACUGCGUUUGGAUUUGAGUGAUGAAGAAGCAGUGCAUUAUGUGCACAAUCUUUUGGACUUGUCGGUGACAGCUGUGAUGGCAGCGUUAGUGGAACAAUUACAUAAGUUCGCACAGUACUGGCGAAAAUAAAUUUAAAUCAACAUACUGAUCACGAAGACUGUGUUCCUUCCUAUUGCAAUUAUAACAUAUUGUAUAUAAAUGACCAUACAUCUAUAAAUCUAAUAUAAUUUAUUGUAUUUUGGGAUUACUUUAGGUAAUAAAUCUUUGAUAAUAACAAAUA